CCCCCCAGCAAGAACAGAGCAAAAACACAUACUCAAGACACGGGCGCCAGGCGAUCGGGAUAGUAGAAGCGUCUAGAGGAUUUGUUAUGUACCGAGGUUGUCUACAGAUGCCUGGUUCCUUCCCGGUUUCUUUCUCUAUAUGCCAGUGUGUGACUUGGGCUAAAGAAUGCAAUGGAAGGAUUUGAAGGAAUUUGUGCAGGAACGUUGAUUCCAGCGAUACUUUUCAGAAUAGCCUAAUCCACACAUGCCCAGAGACUCAAGGGACCGCAACUCCCAUUUGGAGACGAAGUUGGAUCAGUUGCUUUCUGGGGAGAGGUAGCAACACAUUGGUUAAUGAUUAAUGGUGUCUUGGUCUAAAUGGGUCCCGUCAUGCCUCCGAGUAAGAAGCCGGAAGGGUCCGGCGUCAGCGUAACCAGCGGCCUGAGCCAGUUCUACCAGGCCAGCUCCCUGACCAGGGCCCUGCAGGAGGAGGAGGAGGAGGAGAUGGACCUCAAACCGCCCGUCAUCAAGCUGGAGAAGAGCGGCCUGGACGACGAGGAGCUCACCAACCUCAACUGGCUCCACGAGAGCAAGAACCUGCUCAACAGCUUCGGGGACUCCAUGCUGCGGAGCGUGAGCCCCGUGCAGGAGCUGGACGAGGACACCCCACCCUCGCCCGCGCAGUCCGACCUGCCCUACGACGCCAAGCAGAACCCCAACUGCAAGCCCCCCUACUCCUUCAGCUGCCUCAUCUUCAUGGCCAUCGAGGACUCUCCCUCCAAGAGACUGCCCGUUAAGGAUAUCUAUAACUGGAUUCUCGAACACUUCCCCUACUUUGCCAACGCCCCCACAGGGUGGAAAAACUCAGUGCGGCACAACCUUUCCCUCAAUAAGUGUUUUAAGAAAGUGGACAAAGACAGAAGUCAGAGUAUUGGGAAAGGCUCCUUGUGGUGCAUAGACCCAGAAUACAGACAGAAUCUAAUUCAGGCGCUGAAGAAGACGCCGUAUCACCCCUACUCCCAGGUGUUCACCACGCCCCCCACUUCUCCUCAGGCAUAUCAAAGCUUGUCCAGUCCUCCACUUUGGCCAGGGAGUCCCUACUUCAGAAAAAAUGGAGGAGUCCUCUUACAAGAUCCUGAAUUUGAUGCUGCUGCAACCAUGAUGCUUUUGAAUACACCUGACCUCCCAACCCCUUUCCCUCAGGGAGUGAUCCAGAAUGGUGCCAGGAUGAUGGGCCAGACCAUGUUCCCGGGAAUCAGACCCCUUCCCAUCAACCCUAUCGGGAGCCGGACAACCACAGUGAGGUCCGCCGGCGGUGGCUACAGGAUGCGCAGCGACAGCGAGCAGUCCAGCGACUCCCCGCUGGUCAGCAGUGACCCCAAGGAGGAUCACAACUACAGCAGCGCCAAAUCUUCCAGCCUCCGAGGGGGAGCUUCCCCCAGCUCCCCCCUGGGAGAGGAGGCCCCCCGGGAGGGCAGCGAGGCCAGCUUUCACUGCAUCGACACCAACAGCGACACGGAGGACGACGGAAAGAUCAAGAAGGAGCCCAAGGACUUGUCUCUGGACGCGGUCUCCCUGGCCCAGCACAAGAAACGGCAACACUUGACAAAAGCCAAACAGAAAGUGUCCAGCGAUACGCUGCCCCUAAAAAAACGGCGCACGGAGAAGCCCCCUGAAAGUGACGACGAGGAGAUGAAAGAGGCCGCGGGGUCCCUCCUGCACCUGGCGGGGGUCCGCGCCUGUUUAAACAAUAUCACCAAUCGGACGGCAAAGGGGCAGAAAGAGCAAAAAGAUUCUAUGAAAAAUUAAAAGACUGAAUAAAUAAUAAAUAAAAAAACAUCACUUUUAAUAGAAUUUACAAUUUUUGUUUUUUCAGGACAUCAGGUGAAUUCUAAUGAUUUGUGGCAAUAUCAACAAUCACUUUGUUUUCCUAUCCUUUAGAAACUGUUGUUUGAGGGUUUUUGUUUCUUUUCUUUAAAGGAGAUUAAAGCCAUAGCGAAACUUUUUUCUGAUGUUCAGCUAAUUUAGGAACACAUUUUUUGUCGGCUGAAAUCGAAAAGAGAGUCCGAUAGUCGGACGGAAAAAAAGUCAAGUCAAACUCCCCAAAAUUGGCAUCCGAUUGGCAUUGGUACAGACAUAGCAGGGAAUUAUGGCUUUAUUUAUUGUCCAAACAUUCUGUAGCAAUCCCCCUAUUACAGUGCAGCUAAACUGAACGGGGAAACGGAGCCAUUACGUGAUAUUGCUAGGGGCUGGAACGGCCUGUCGACUGUCGUAUUGCAGACGUCCUUGGCUUUGACAUGCGGGCAGGUAGCACUACAGCAGCAAGUGUCUUUACUGUGAACACUUGGAUAGUAUAGUGCCAAAGACGAACCCUGGGCAAGCCAGCAAUUGACCAUUGCACUUCUACUACUGUGUUGUCAGUAUGGCUGGCGUUCUAACCGCUAAUCUAGGGUAAUUACAUGACUGAGUACCAAGGCUGAAAAGACAUUGAUGUAGUGAGGGAAAAGAAUUGGAUACAGGUUAUCGGUUUUCACCACAGAAUUCAGUCUUCAAUAAAAGAAAACUGAUUUAAAAGCCAUAAGCUGUCGUUUCAAAUCAGUGCUUGCAAAAAAAAAAUUUACAUUGAAAUAACGUAACAAACUGCCUGUUCUUUUUGUAAACAAUUGAAUUGUUAAAAAGUUAUAAUCAAGUGAUAUGAAUAUAGUGAUACUUCUCUGUGGCACAGUAAAACUGAAUAACUUGAUAAAUUGAUGCUACAAAACCUGCCAAUAGUGUUUUAGCGACAAAAAAAUAAUGAAAUAACUGUGGAAUUAUUAUUUGUGUUACUUUCUUAUUUUAUUUUUUUGUUUUGUUUUUUUCAUACCCUCAUGACGUAAUAAGCAAUGUCAUCCAGUCAGGAUAACACUGUAUAAUAGUUACACUAGAUUUUUUUUCCUCAUUAAUUUAAGCAAUGUAGCCAGCAGGAUUCUCCAAAUCGUGUUGCAUGGGUUCUGUAAACAAAAAAAAAAAAACUGUUUUUUAUUCAAAGUUCAUGUAAGGUAAAUAAUGUAUUUAGCAUGGAGCAUGAAUUAUUUUCAUAUAUAGAUCCUAGAGAAAAAGGCUUUGCCUCUAAUUUUUAUGCCCAUAGGCCUAGAAUUUUGUUUUGUGUUUAUUUGAUUUAAUUUUAUUUUAUGUCUUUUUCAUAUUUGUUUUGAAGCAGGAUUUUAGAGAUAAACCUUCUUCAGGGACAAACACUGACUGUUGGGAAACUUACUCUGCAAUAUGAAGACUUAACAUUUCCAGUCGGGCUUCAGUGGUUUAUGAAACUGCCUUGUGUCUGCGCCACCAGCCCACUUCUGCUUUUCAGAAAGUGUCCGGGGUUUUCCAUCUGUAAAUGAUUUAGCUUGCAUAAAUGAGGAGAAGUUAGUAGUGAGUGUACCCAGCUAUGCCCCUCCCCUCUGCCAUCUGAGCCCCCUCUCCCCAAGACUGUGCCUGCUUCGUGUAUAAAUAUGUCUUUGGAUGUCUUCGAUAUUUCAGGGUCUUCCUUUUUUUACGUUUUUAUUUGAUACUGUUGUUUGUUUGUUUGUGUGUGUGCGUGCGAGUGAUUGUGUGCAUGCAUGCGUGCAUUUCAUUUGUUGCCAAUUGGGUCAGUUUUAGUUACAGUGCUGUUCAGGUUAAACUGACAGUCUCAAUUGCCAUCAGAUUUUUUUUCAAUAUGAUGGCUAAAUAAACAUAACAUGAGUGCAAACAUUUACAUUAGCAUGCCAGGUUGCACUUAAAUAUCAAAAUUAGGAUCUUAAAUUUCAGUGCCAAAUCCUGUAAUUUAGAUUUAUAUAAAACAAAUGGCAGAUGAAAAAGUCUAUCUAUAUAUGAAAACGAUGAAUUUGUCAGUGGGUUGUAGUAUCACUUUCAAAUAACCAUAUGUUCAAUGGAGAUGAGAAGAAAAAGGCAUUCAUAGCCAUCCUCUGUUAAUCCUUGUGUAUAUUAUGUGGGUGGCAAGUCUUCAUUUCUUUAUUUCCAGCUCUUAUUAUGUUUCCUUUCUGUACCUGCUCAAUCAUGAUAUUUAUUGUUUCAGUCCAGGUUUGUGAAAUGAAUACUUCUAUCAGGAUCUUGAUUAGAUCCCUUUUGCCCAUUCCCAUCUGAGCAAUUGUCCUCUGUUGACCACCGGCAAAGGUCCCUGUUGUUUACGGGAUAUUGCAAGGUCAAGUAGAAGACAGAAACUAUUUAUUAAGGUGAAUUUAGGGGGGAAAUGCAAUUAUUAAAACGGUGUGUUUGUAACGGAUGACUAAAGGAAACUCUGUUCUGACAUAACUGCACAUUCACUGCCUUCCCUUAAGAUGAGCACUCACUACAUAACUUUUCCUUUAGCUUCAUGUUGUUGACACGGGAGAAACGUUAACGAGAAAUAGUGAUCAUGAUGUUAAUACUAGCCAAGCAAAUAAUUCUCAUUGAGGCCAAUAUCCUUGUUUUGUUUUUUUUAUAUUUUUUUUUUUUUUUUUUUUAAUAACUGCCAUUUUUUGUUUAGUUUGAGAAGGUUUUGUCGGAGAAAAAAAGGUGAAAGAUCAAUUAAUUUUUUAUUGUUUGUUUUGAAAUACGCGGUCUGAUGGCAUGUGCACCCAGCCGAUCUGUUUUGAAAUAAGAAACUGUCAAUACAGAGGCAUACUUGCAUUCUAGAUUUCCUUGAUGUGUAAUCAUAUUGCCAAAGACAAACUAUUUCAUCAAUUAAUGUAAAUAUCACGUUGUCCAUUACUAUGACAAAAAAAGAAAACUUUUGUUUUUAUUUUUAUUUUUCUGAAACCUACCAUAAAGUUUCUGUGAUGUAUUGUCUUCCAGUUGCAAUAAAAAAAAGAGUUGCAAAAAA